AUGGCGAUGGGGUUUCGGUGCCAGAUAGUUAAGCAUCGCUUUCCAUCCCAUCAAAUCAAGUCAACGAAUGGAGGUCGGGAGCCUAAUAUGCUUCGUCCGGGGACCAGGUUUAGGAUCGCCCCACCACAGCAUCAUUUGCAAUUCACUAUCGGGAGGAACGCUCGCACUUGCUGACCUGGUACCAGUACUCGUGCAAGCUGCGUUCUGAGAUUUUUCACCUGAGUGCAGUUGUGAGCUUUUGGAUUCCCGAGGGGAUGAAACCCUAAACAUCUGACAAUCCGUCCCAGGCUUUGUUGUGUUCCGGCCUGGCGGGAGUUGGGAAAUUCUAACGACAUCCUCGCCGAUCAGGGCCAGCACCUGAGUUGCAUCGCUCAUUUCUUAAGGCCCUCUGCUCUGCAAACGCCUGCUGUGUCCCCCAGCGCCAGGCGGGAAAAGGUUGCCGGCCUCGCCUUCUCCCCCCUUAUUUUCCUCUUAGAUCUGAAUCUUAACCUUCAUUAGGUGCUGCUUGAGUUCGCCGCGAGCUUGACUUCGCAGGAGUAAACGUGGUGUGCUGGAUCGGGUUUGAUGCACGUAACAUGGGCAUUGAUAAUCUGUCAACGAGUGUGGGGUCGUGGUUUAAUGGGAAGCUUGAAGCGAGGGGCGAUCACCCUGUACUCUUUUAAACUGGAGCCUUACGUUUUGUUCUUCUACUCCGUCCAACCUCUACUAAUCUUCUAAGUAGAGUUCGAGGACGUAAUCAGAGAUGACAAGUCUUCUGAAGAAAAGUGCCAGCAAGGUUGGUAGCCGAAAUCUGGACGAGUCAAGCACGGUUGAGGAUGCGAACGCCAGGAUCAUUGAGCUCCGAGCAUCCAUUGGGACGCUGACUGGCCGUUUAGAUCAGUUCGCCGAUGAUGCUUGCCUCAGGCGCUACUUGAGGGCGCGUAACUGGAACAUCAAGAAGGCUGAGAAAAUGUUGAAGGACACCUUGGCAUGGAGAGAGAGCUAUAAGCCCGAAGACAUCCGCUGGAGUGAUAUCGCUGGAGAAUCCGAAACUGGGAAAAUAUACCGGGCCAGCAUCAAAGACAAGAAUGGGCACACUGUCCUUGUAAUGCACCCUGGUCGUCAGAAUACGAGUAAUCCUGAAAUGCAAAUUAAGCAGUUGGUCUACUUCUUGGAGAAUGCAGUCUUGAACCUUCCCGAGGGUCAAGAGCAGAUGAUCUGGUUGAUCGACUUUAAAGGCUGGUCCAUGAAGAAGUCCACCCCCAUCGGCCUGGCUCGCGAAACAGCCAACAUUCUGCAAAAUCACUAUCCUGAGCGCUUGCACGUAGCUGUUCUGUACAACCCACCAAGACUUUUCGAGGCUUUCUGGACAAUUGUGAAGCCGUUCCUGGACCCGAAGACCUUCCGGAAGGUUAAGUUUGUGUACUCAAAGAAUGCCGAGUCUCAGAAGAUAUUAUCUGAGCUCUUCGAGGAGAACGCCACCAAGACUAUUUUUGAAGACCCAAACGAUUACACCCAUGAAGAUUACGCUAAGUUAAUGCAGGAAGAUGAUAAAAAAUCCGCCUUGUACUGGAAGGGAGCUGGUGAAGCGAAGACUGGAGCCGAACCUGCAGCUGAUGUUCAAAGUAAGGCUGCAGAUAUUUCGGAAGCAGCAAGUUUGAAGACUGAAGAAGGUGCUGCAGUCAAUGAUGCCCCAGCUUCUGCGCCAGAGUCGCUGGCACCCGUGGCACCAGCUCCCGUGGCAACUCCAGUGGUGGCCCCUGUUUCAUGAGUAAAGUUUGUCACCUUAAAUAACUAAUUUUGAUGGUUCCUAUGCAAUUUUGAAGGAAAACUUCCACUUCCUAGCACAGUGGGUGAGGAGUGCACGUCUGUAAUAUGGAGCCUUGGUUGCGGAAGAAUAUUCUUAUCAGUCAACCAGAGCUCCAAAAGUGACCUAAUUUAUAUAGUGUGAUGGCACAUCACUAUUAUUUUUUAUAUUAGAGCUCACUUCGAGUUGACUCUGAUUGUAUUUUAAUAUGUUAUUCAAUAGCAGCUAGGACAGUUCAUUUAUUUUUUUUCUUAUUUUUCAAAAAUCAAUCAAGUUUCCAAUCUAUGGCAUUCACCACU